CUGGCUCUAAUAGGUAAUCGCCGUCUUCGUUGUCUUUGAAUCAUCUGUCGCUCCUUUUCACACUUGAAUUCAAACUUCCCUCUCUGCCGCAGCCUCUUUCAGCUGGGCUUUCUGUCACUCCUUAUACACGCCUGCGGGCUGUGAUUACCACAUAACGUCGAAUCCCGAUAUCCCGUUCCAUCCCCGCGGAUGUCACAGUAGUGAGGUCGCUUUCGACGUCACUACAUACUUCAGCCAUGCCGCCGACUUUAGACUUAUCCCAGAGCACCCACGCCAAGAUGAUCGUCUCACCACCUCGAAUUAAUCUGCGCAGGGCCGCGUCCUACCAGCAUGAAAAGGCACCUCUAUCCGCGACUUCGUCACGCUUCAACUUCAACCACCUCAUGUUCUCUCCUCCGCCCUCUCCCGGACUGCCAGCCUUGGUACCCCGGCCACGGAAGUUGUCCAACGGACCGAGGCCAAGCCGAGUCGUCCGAGUUAUCGUGUGGGUUCUCGGAUUAGCACUUGUCACAUUUGUUGUUAGGGCCGUCGUAAAGAAGGAGGUACGAGUCCCGGUUGUUUCGUGGGCCUUGGACCGUGAAGAAUAUGAGAUGGUCGGACAGUAUGACUUACCGGAUUUUCCUACGCCUAUUGCCGUGACGGACCGGAACGGCAGGUCGAAGUGGACGGUCUCCAUCCCGCCUACGUAUUCUUUCCCUCUAACCGUCAAGGAGUAUUCGGAUAUCUGUGUUAAGUGCCAUGAGGUCGCUGCUCAUGUUAGAGAACUACAUGGUCAUACGAAUCAACAGUCUCAGACAGAUUACUAUUACGAGGAUCCUUACUUCAUCGAUGUCAGGGAUGCUGAGAAACGUGGACUGUUGCCGGGUGUAGAGGGAAAGGCGUGGAAAGUGACUGCUCAGGCUCAAGACGGUCACUUGGUGGGGGAUAGAGCGGACGGGUUGGUCGAUAGGGGCAUUUGCAAAACGUCCUUGACGUUUGUCCUUGAGUCGGCCGAUGCUGGGUUGGGUCCCACAUUAAUGAUGAUGUGGAUGGCAUAUGGUCUCGCCCAGAAGGAAAAACGGUCUUUCUUCAUUGAUGAUUCGCGAUGGGUUUAUGGUGAAUAUACCGCCAUCUUCAAGCCACCCCCAAUGCCUGACUGCAACCCGCCCCCGCGUCACGAGAUGCUGCCGUGCCCUCACACUGCGCGCCACUUGGUUGUCUCAUCUGCCACCGCGUCUGAAACCUUCGGCAAGAGUUUCAACGCCGAAUACGAGAAUCUCCGCCGCAGUAACGUUGAGCGAGAGAAGCCAAUAUACGAUCUCGCUCGAGUUGGAUACGAGGCCUUGUUCCGUCUCAAUGAUGACGAUCAGCCUUAUGUAGAGCAUCGCGUGAAGGAGCUAAGAGCGAUGGCUAAAGCGACGGAUGGUGCCUAUCACGAUGGUCUGAUUAUCGGGGUUCAUAUUCGACAUGGCGAUUUACACCCAUAUGAAUAUCAGUAUAAUGGGGCGUAUAUACCCCUAAAUAUUUAUGCGCAAAGAUCUAAAGAAAUUGUCGAAGAAUAUCACAACCACAGUACUCCCCUCGGAGGGGAGGAUCUAGUUGCAAAGCAACAUUCAUUUUCUAUAGUUGCGUCAGACGAUCCUGACGUUUACGAGUCGGAAGAGUUUUCGGGCUCGCUUCGCGCCCAGGAGCAAAUCAAGCUUGCCAGUAAGCAACAUAUCCAAAGCGCGAACCCGGAUAAGUCGGUGAUGCAUAAAUUCGUCGACGAGACCUUCGGUUGGGAGGGCGGGUUCUUUGCGAGCAUGUUCUGGAACUUAGGUCGAUCGACGAUAAAUAAUGCCAACGCAGCAGACGACGUGCAACCAACGUUACGACCGUCGGCGGAGACCAUGCGGCUUAGAGGGCUGAUUGGCCGAGCUUACGUGAUGGACCUGGCUGUCCUUGGUCAAGCUAGCGAUUCUGUCAUUUGUACUAUGAGUGCGAUGGGAUGUCGAUUGAUAGCCGUGAUCAUGGGCUGGGAGAAGGCAAUGGAGGAUGGAAAAUGGGUCAACAUCGAUGGUGAUUUCCAGUGGACGGCGUUGUGAUUAUAAGCACCCGGCAAGGCGUUAUUGGGGGUUUGAUUGCGUAAGAGCUAAAUGAGGCCGGCAUAAGAAAAAUUAAGAUAUCCUGCAUAUUAGCAUAUCCAUUCGGCGUUGGGUUGACGUAGAAAAACGCUUUGUUGAUUGAUGGAAGUACGACAUCUCAACGAAGCAUACGGGGGAUUGUCGUAUGAGAGCAUCAGAGCAUAUGUGCCGACCGCGAGGUUAGGACAAGGGGAAUAGCCCCGUACAAGCCUCUAUGGCUACGAAU